GGCGACGCGACUCACGUGACCCGCGGGGCAGCCGAGGCGGGAAUCUGCGAGUGGGCACGGUCACCGUGUUCCUAGGUUUGUGUUUUGAGUCUUCUGUGGGCAUCCUCUGGCCGGCCCCCACCCGUUCUCGCCCGCCAGCCGGGAAGGAAGCCAGUGUGAGAAGAGGGGUUCCGGCUAGAGCCUUCGCUCCCCUGGAGCCUCACGGCCCGUGCUCGCCCUGCUGCGGCCUCACUGCUAAACCUUGCUGGGCUCUAGGCCCCUGGUGUUGAGAUAAGAAACAUUUACAACCAUGUCCCGGAUUGAAAAGAUGAGCAUUCUUGGCGUGCGGAGUUUUGGAAUAGAGGAUAAAGAUAAGCAAAUUAUCACUUUCUUCAGUCCUCUUACAAUUUUGGUUGGACCCAAUGGGGCGGGGAAGACGACCAUCAUUGAAUGUCUAAAAUAUAUUUGUACUGGAGAUUUCCCUCCUGGAACCAAAGGGAAUACAUUUGUUCAUGAUCCCAAGGUAGCUCAAGAAACAGAUCUCUACAACGACCAUUCUAGUUUAAAGCUACCAUCAUGUUUUACUGGUUUAAAGCAUGGCGAAAAGGUCAGUCUCAGUUCUAAGUGUGCAGAAAUUGACCGAGAGAUGAUAAGUUCUCUUGGGGUUUCCAAGUCUGUGCUAAAUAAUGUCAUUUUCUGUCAUCAAGAAGAUUCUAAUUGGCCUUUAAGCGAAGGAAAGGCUUUGAAGCAAAAAUUUGAUGAUAUUUUUUCAGCAACAAGGUACAUUAAAGCCUUGGAAACACUUCGGCAGGUACGUCAGACACAAGGUCAGAAAGUAAAAGAAUGUCAAACAGAAUUAAAAUAUCUGAAGCAAAAUAAGGAAAAAGCUUGUGAGAUUCGCGAUCAGAUUACUAGUAAAGAAGCCCAGUUAAGAUCUUCAAAGGAAAUUGUCAAAUCCUAUGAAAACGAACUUGAUCCAUUGAAGAAUCGUCUAAAGGAAAUUGAACAAAAUCUCUCUAAAGUAAUGAAACUUGACAAUGAAAUUAAAGCCUUGGAAAGCCGAAAAAAGCAAAUGGAGAAAGAUAAUAGUGAACUGGAACAGAAAAUGGAAAAGGUUUUUCAAGGGAGUGAUGAGCAACUCAAUGACUUAUAUCACAAUCACCAGAGAACAAUAAGGGAGAAAGAAAGGAGACUGGUAGACUGUCAGCGUGAACUGGAAAAAUUAAAUAAAGAAUCUAGGCUGCUUAAUCAAGAAAAAUCAGAACUGCUUGUUGAACAGGGUCGUCUUCAGCUACAAGCAGAUCGUCAUCAAGAAAAUAUCCGAGCCAGAGAUUCAUUAAUCCAAUCUUUGGCAACACAUCUAGAAUUGGAUGGCUUUGAGCAUGGACCAUUUAGUGAAAGACAGAUUAAAAAUUUUCACAAACUUGUGAGAGAGAGACAAGAAAGGGAAGAAGAAACUCUCAGCCAACUGAUGAAUGAUUUUGCAGAAAAAGAGUCUCUGAAACAAAAACAGAUAGAUGAGAUAAGGGAUAAGAAAAUUGGACUGGGAAGAAUAAUUGAGCUAAAAUCAGAAAUCCUAAGUAAGAAGCAGAAUGAGCUGAAAAAUGUGAAGUACGAAUUACAGCAGUUGGAAGGAUCUUCAGACAGAAUUCUUGAACUGGACCGGGAGCUCACAAAAGCUGUAAGAAAUUAUUUGACCAUGCUGGCUGGAGCCACAGCAGUUUACUCCCAAUUCAUUACUCAGCUAACGGAUGAAAACCAAUCCUGUUGUCCUGUCUGUCAGAGAGUGUUUCAGACAGAAGCUGAAUUACAGGAUGUCAUCAGUGAUUUGCAAUCUAAGCUGCGGCUCGCUCCAGAUAAACUCAAGUCAACAGAAUCAGAUCUAAAGAAAAAAGAAAAACGGCGUGAUGAAAUGCUGGGGCUUGUGCCCAUGAGGCAAAGCAUAAUUGAUUUGAAAGAAAAGGAAAUACCAGAAUUAAGAAACAAACUGCAGAAUGUCAACAGAGACAUACAGCGCCUAAAGAAUGACAUAGAAGAACAGGAAACACUCUUGGGUACAAUAAUGCCUGAAGAAGAAGGUGCUAAAGUGUGUCUGACAGAUGUUACAAUUAUGGAGAGGUUCCAGAUGGAACUUAAAGAUGUUGAAAGAAAAAUUGCACAACAAGCAGCUAAACUACAAGGACUAGACUUGGAUAGAACUGUUCAACAAGUAAACCAGGAAAAACAAGAAAAACAACACAAAUUAGAUACAGUUUCCAGUAAGAUUGAAUUGAAUCGUAAGCUUAUACAGGACCAGCAGGAACAGAUUCAGCACCUAAAAAGUGUCACAAAUGAACUUAAAUCGGAGAAACUUCAGAUAUCCACUAAUUUACAACGUCGUCAGCAACUGGAGGAGCAGUCUGUGGAAUUAUCCACUGAAGUUCAGUCCUUAUACAGAGAGAUAAAGGAUGCUAAAGAGCAGGUAGGCCCUUUGGAAACAACAUUGGAAAAGUUCCAGCAAGAAAAAGAAGAAUUAAUCUACAAAAAAAAUACAAGCAACAAAAUAACACAGGAUAAAAUGAAUGAUAUCAAAGAGAAAGUUAAAAAUAUUCAUGUUUAUGUGAAAAACAUUGAGAAUUAUAUUCAAGAUGGGAAAGACGACUAUAAGAAGCAAAAAGAAACUGAACUUAAUAAAGUAACAAUUCAACUAAAUGAAUGCGAGCAACACAAAGAAAAGAUAAGUAAGGAAAUGGGAAUCAUGAGACAAGAUAUUGAUACACAGAAGAUACAAGAAAGGUGGCUGCAGGAUAACCUUACGUUAAGAAAAAGAAAUGAAGAACUAAAAGAAGUUGAAGAAGAAAGAAAACAACAUUUGAAGGAAAUGGGUCAAAUGCAGGUUUUACAAAUGAAAAAUGAACAUCAGGAAUUGGAAUCAAAAAUAGACAAUAUAAAAAGAAAUCAUAAUUUGGCAAUAGGGCGACAGACAGGUUAUGAGGAAGAAAUUAUUCGUUUUAAGAAAGAACUUCGAGAACCUCAAUUUCGAGAUGCCGAGGAAAAAUAUAGAGAAAUGAUGAUUGUUAUGAGAACAACAGAGCUUGUGAAUAAGGAUCUGGACAUUUAUUAUAAGACCCUUGACCAAGCAAUAAUGAAAUUUCACAGUAUGAAAAUGGAAGAAAUCAAUAAAAUCAUUCGUGACCUUUGGCGCAGUACCUAUCGCGGACAAGAUAUCGAAUAUAUAGAAAUUCGGUCUGAUGCCGAUGAAAACUUAUCAGCUUCUGAUAAAAGGCGGAAUUACAACUACCGAGUGGUGAUGCUAAAGGGAGACACAGCCUUGGAUAUGCGAGGGCGAUGCAGUGCUGGACAAAAGGUAUUAGCCUCGCUCAUUAUUCGCCUGGCUCUGGCCGAGACGUUCUGCCUGAACUGUGGAAUCCUUGCUUUGGAUGAGCCAACAACAAAUCUUGACCGAGAAAACAUUGAAUCUCUUGCACAUGCUCUGGUUGAGAUAAUAAAAAGUCGCUCACAGCAACGUAACUUCCAGCUUCUGGUAAUCACUCAUGAUGAAGAUUUUGUGGAGCUCUUAGGGCGAUCUGAAUACGUGGAGAAAUUCUACAGGAUUAAGAAGAACAUUGACCAGUGCUCAGAGAUUGUGAAAUGCAGUAUUAGCUCCCUGGAAUCGUAUGUUCAUUAAAAAUAUUCAAUGUUUAAAUGCCUUAGAAAUACAGGUCCUCAGGCAACUGCUUAUUUCCGGUGUCAACUAAUCAAUAAGAAAAUAUAUUCUUUAAAAGGAGCUUUGUAUCUAGGUUUUGAAUGUCUAAGAGGUUCUACAGUGAUUAAAAUGGUUUCACAUGAAA